CAGCAGCAACAGUGGGCUGAAAACACACAGACGCUGCCGGAUCUUGUCGCAGGAAACACGCCAGAAAAGUCCCCACAGACUUGCCCCUAACCAGUAUCCAUGUAGUCAGCUGUUGCAUGAACUCCUGGGUGGUUUCAGGGGAUGUGGGAUUCCUGUCUGUCACCCAGAGGCACAUGCUGACAGGGGCCUGAUGGGAAAAUUUUACCUGCUGCAACACCCACCAGCUCCGCAGAGAUGUCACUUGAAGGAGUGAAAUGUAGAUAGCUGCGUGAGCCAGAAGAAUUCAGCAUUUGGGCCAAGAUAUCCUCACACUGUGCCAAAAAAGAAAUCUGUUCUAGUUUCUAGUUUAAUUAAAACACACACACACACAUAUACACUCUCUCCCUCCCAAUCAGUUGCAACAAUGCUGAUGCCAGGUCCACUGUGGGUGUGCCUGGCACUGAUAUGGGUGGGAAACGGCCAUGCUCACAGCUUGUUUACCUGCGAGCCAAUCCGAGUGCACCGGUGUUUGGGGAUGCCCUACAACAUGACCUUCUUUCCCAACAUGAUGGAGCACUAUGAUCAGGAUAUUGCAGCCAGUUACAUGGAGCCUUUCAUGCCCCUGACAAAGUUGGGCUGUUCUGCCGAUGUGCACCACUUCCUUUGUCAAGCCUUUGUCCCUGCAUGCACUGAGGACAAUAAGGUGAUCCGUCCUUGCCGGGAGCAAUGUGAGGCAGUUCUGUCAGGCUGCGAGGAGAAUAUUCGCAUCUUUGGUAUCACGUGGCCCCCUGAGCUACAGUGCAACAAAUUAGACCUAUGUAGCUCCACUGAAGGUUCAGCUCCUCCUGCAACCACGCCAGCAAUCUCUUCCUCAUCAGCUGUGAGGGACCUUGGUUUCUGGUGCCCUCUGCAGUUGAAGACCAAAGCAGGCCAUGGAUCAUCAUUCCUGGGUGCUCAGGACUGUGCUCCACCUUGUUCCAACAUGUACUUUAAGCCCCAUGACAUCGAGUUUGCCAAAAACUUUAUCGGGGUGUGCUCCAUCAUCUGCCUGUGUUGCACUCUGUUCACUUUCCUUACUUUCCUCAUUGAUGUCAAACGUUUCCGCUACCCUGAGCGACCCAUAAUCUUCUACGCCGUCUGCUACAGCCUUGUCUCCCUCAUAUACUUCAUCGGCUUCUUGCUGGGGAACAAAGCAGCCUGUAGCAAGGCGGCACAACCUUCCGGUGUGGAUACGGUUGUGCUCGGCUCUCAAAGCAAAGGGUGCACUUUGCUUUUCAUGCUCCUCUACUUCUUCUCCAUUGCUGGUAUUGUCUGGUGGGUCAUCCUCACCAUCACCUGGUUCCUGGCAGCUGGACCCAAAUGGAGUUGUGAGGCCAUAGAGAAAAAAGCAGUGUGGUUUCACUCUGCUGCUUGGGGAAUCCCCGGGGCGCUGACUGUCAUGCUGCUUGCUCUGAACAAAGUUGAAGGGGACAACAUCAGUGGCGUCUGUUUCGUGGGACUUUAUGAUUUGGACGCGCUGCGCUACUUUGUUCUGGCUCCGCUGUGUGUCGGCGUCGUCGUUGGCCUCUUCCUCAUCCUGGCGGGCAUAGUUUCUCUCAACCACGUGCGACAGGUCAUCCAGCAUGAUGAGCGUAACCAGGAGAAGCUGAAGAAGUUCAUGAUCCGCAUCGGUGUGUUCAGCUGCCUCUAUCUGGUCCCGCUGGUCACACUGUUAGCCUGCUACACCUAUGAACAGAGUCACCGCAGCGCCUGGGAGACUACGUGGAUCAACGACCACUGUCAGGAAUACAGCAUCCCCUGUUCCUACAAGACAACAGUACCAGAUCAUCCUGACCUCUCUCUGUUUUUGGUGAAAUACUUGAUGACACUGGUGGUUGGAAUAUCUGCAGUGUUCUGGGUCAGCAGCAAAAAGACAUGCUCUGAGUGGGCCUACUUCUUCAAUAGGACUCGCAAGAGAGAUCCCAUCAGUGAGAGCCGCCGUGUGCUCCAGGAGUCCUGUGAGUUCUUCCUCAAGCACAACAGCCGUGUACAGCACAAGAAGAAGCACUACAAGCCCGGCUCCCACAAGCUCAAGGUCAUUUCCAAGUCCAUGGGCACAAGCACAGGUGCUGCUCCCACCAAUGCCUCCACUGGCACCCACACAGCCAACCAAGGAACCUCAGCACUGGGAAACCAUGAUCCCCAUAUACAAGCUUCUCUGUCUGAGACCUCAGCCAGGGAGCACAUGGACAGAGGCGUCUCAAGCCGAAGCUCCAGAAGAGAGAGGGAGAGGGGGGAGAGACGCAGCAAAGGUGGGACCUCAAGUAAGGUCAGCAGCCAUUCAGACAACAUACACCCAGAUGAGAGAUUGAGUCCAAGGAGCGAACUGUCAGAGGUCAGGCACCUUUCAAGCGCUCCGCAGCAUCCAGCCGUAAACCUGUCCCAGAGCACCAGCAUCAUCCCAGACUCCACCCACCAGCUGGUGCAGCAGGUUCCUGAGGAGAGCAAGGUCACAAAGGACUUCAGCAGCUGAGAUAUCUGACCCCAUUCAACAUCUCUGAUACCACAGAGAAACCAGUCACCACCUGAUGCUGAUGGUCACAUGUGUCACGCUGUUAUAAUAGUCAGUGAAUGUUUGUUGGCAACAUAAUAUUUCAUGCCUUGAGUAUUUCAAACACGGUUUGUUGGACCAGAAUCUGAGAGAUUCUUUUGUAAUUUGGGUCUUUGAGCUUUACUGAGUUUUCUUUUUUAGCUUUGUACCUGAAUGUAGCAGCAGCACAGCUUUAUUCCAACUAUACAACCACUGGUUUAAUUCAUUAGUUUGCAUACUAUACGUCUUCUGUUCUGUAGAUUAGUAGCUCAGAAGCCUGCUGGUAAACCUAAGCGAUAUUUAUGUAAAUAUGGUUUUAGAAAGUCUUUGACUGGAUUAGUCGUUACACUGAACAUUUUUUAGAUGACCCUGAUGUUACCAAACAUUCAGAAUGACCUGAGUCUGUCUGUGGUGAACUAUUGAAUGUCUUAUUAUUCUUACUGGUGAUUUGUCUUGAAACCUCAUCCUUUUAUACAGAAAGCAACCGUUUGUCCCUCAUUCGAAAGGAGGCAUAUUUUUUUUUAAACAAGGUUUUCUUAUAAGAUCUAUUUUCAUUAAUCGUUUACUUCCUGUUUGUGUUGCGUAAAACACUGAUUCCGCAAAGGCUCGGCCCCUUCAAGUGUUUUCAAAGAUGUAUCCUGUGAAUUUGGGUAAAGUAUUUCAGCUUUAUAGUUUUUUUCCUUUUUUUUAAAGAAUGUAUCUUCGGUUUGAGUGGAACUGACAGAUGUUGUGCAUGUGUUUUAUUGUUGUAGGUGGAAACAAAUCAAACAGGUUUUGCACUGUGAUAUGGCAGAAGCACAAACCACUAAUUAUAAAGUUUGAUCACGAAGAAAAGAGGAUUUGGCUAUUGUUCAGGGGUUAUUUAUAGCACAUGGUCAUAGACCAGAUAUCACUUUUUUUUUAAAGAAUUCCUCAUACACCUGUGGUUUAUUAAAAAAAUAUGUCAGGCUGUAGUAUUUUCUCUGUACAAGGGGCGGAAUCUUUCUAUACUUAUACCUUUUUGUUUUACGUUGGCGUUAUAUGACCAGUUCCAGUCACACUAAUUAAAAGGGAAUCAUUGUCAGUCUGUUUCUACUAUGUAUUUCUAUGUUGUAGCAUGUGGACUGGGCUUUUGCUUUUGAUGUAGUUUAGUACCAGGGGUUAUCAAAGUCUGAGAAGGUUCCUUCUCACUCCAUCUGUUUUCCUUCUCUUUCUGGACACUUAUGAUGAGGUUAUUUGAUGCCCUAGACUCUGAGUGAAUGAGUUGACCAUUGACCAAACACUAAAAACCCCACUGUACAUUAAGGCAUUCCUGACAACCAUAUGUAUCUCUGAGCCAUUUCUCCAACUACAUUUGGUAACAAAUGUAUAUUUCCUCUCACUUACACUCACUGAGCCUCCUUUUGAAAUUGCUAGGAAACCACCUCCCACUUUGAAAACCUCUGCUCUAUGAAUGGUCAACUUUUAUAUCUAUAGUAUUUCAUUUUGAUAAAUAAAAACAAAUAAAACACAUUUUGGUAAAUA